UGCUUUUUUAUUUUACGAGGCAAGUCAGUUAAGAACAAAUUCUUAUUUUUAAUGACGGCCAGUGGGGUAACUGUUCAGGGGCAGAACGACAGAUUUUGCACCUUGUCAGCUCGGGGAUUUGAACUUGCAACCUUUCGGUUACUAGUCCAAUGCUCUAACCACUAGGCUACCCUGCCGCCCCGGCUAUUGUAGUUCUCCACAACCAAUGGGGGAAUCAGGCUUCAUGUGAUCCGGACCAAAGCGGAUUAGACCAGAAUCUUGGUUUUCGGUCAUCCAAGUUCAAACUGAGAGAAGCAGUUUCUCCUAAUAUUUCUGAAUGAUUUAUGCGCGCAAAGAUAUCUACUUCGACCUGCAGAAUGAUUAUGAUCAUUCUGCACGUUUUUUAUUAGAAAUACAUCCACAUUUGACCAAGAUAGCGUCAGAGCAUUUUGGUUUGCGUUGACACUACUACCACACGCUAAAUAACAUUGUUAUUUAGAUAUAUUUGCGACACUGUCGGAUAUUUUUUGAAAAUUGGAAACAAGCAAUGGAAAGAAGCCGUACAGAAAAUUACAAAGAUCCCCUUCUAUCAAUUUCUUAUUUACGGCUCUUGGCCCCACCCCUGCAACUUCUGUCAGCUGCUAUGUGGCAAGUUGUGCAGAAAGGACUUGUCAUGCAUUAUGGGAUGCUGGAGGAGUUUGUCACCUCGGUGACAGAGAUGGUUCCAGAGCUGCUGAGUUACCGGCAGAGGGCCCAACUCAUCCUGGGACUGAGAGCCAGGCCGGUUCUGGAGUUGUGUCGUGGUGAUCACCAAGUCGACCCUGAGACCAUCCAGCCCCACCUGGACAGAAUCAAAGCUUCCAUUACUACACCCAGGGACCACUGUGUGACUGAUGCACAAGUAGAAGAUUCUGGGGCCAAUUUCUUGGAGCUGGUCCAAACCCUUCUUCAAGACCCAGGUGUGAAAGAGCACUUCUUCCUGGAGGUGUUCCCAGUACAGUACGGCCAGAAGUAUGACACAGCACUGGAGAUUCUCCUUUGGGAGUUCCUCUCCAGACUGGAGGAGCUGCUGCCUGUACCAGACUUUGCACAGAUGGUGUCAUGGCUUGAUGGAGCCCCCUCAGUUCUGGAUGAGUGUUUGCAAUCAGCGACUCCGCCAGAGGAGAUGAAGGCUUUAAUUGAACAUCACAGAAAUCUUGGACAUGUUGAUGUAAAAGACACUUGCUCUUUACCUAUGGACGACUUCAUCCUCUCCUCUCUGUCUCUCCCUCCAGUCACAAAACUGGGGACUACUGUUGACAAACAAACUAAAAAACACCUGCAAGAUGCCACACCAAAUUCAAACCAUCCAAAUAAAGAAGAGAUUAUUGAGAUUCCCAUUGACCAAUCACAUCUGGAGACUGGCAAGAGGAGGAUAUCUGAGAGAAAGAGACAGAAGCGAAAUGAACAGAGGGACAGAAUUGAAACAGAUGAAAUUGUGGAGGGAACAUCAUUUUCAGCAAAUGAGAGUAGGCGAGGGCAGACUCUGCCCUCGAAGAGGAAAAUGAGCGACAGUUCGGAGGUUCCCCGGAAACGGCAAGCAGAUUCACCUCUGUUUCAGGAUUCUCCAGUGAAUAUCAAAUCUUUUAGUGAAUCUCCUCUCAUCUCGAUAUGGGGAGAAUACACAGAACCCCAAGAUGCUGCCUAUCCCAUGACGACUGACAUCAAAGUCCCUUGGUCGGAUGAUGAGACUCUAAACCUCAUAGACAUUUGGGGAAAAGACUCUGUGCAGCGAGUUCUGAAAGGCUGUGUCAAAAAUCGCCACGUGUUCACUCUCAUUUCCAAAAACAUGUCUGAGAGAGGCUACAUGAGAACUGUAGAGCAGUGUCAGACCAGGAUCAAACGAUUGAAGAACAGCUUUCGUCAGUCUCUCCAGCAGAAAGUGGAGUGUAAAUUUUAUGACCAGCUAGAGCGAAUACUUGGGAAUGUGUCCCCCUUAACGGUUCCUGAGGUCACCUAUGAUGUUGAAGAGGUGACAGAUGACCAGCUAGAAGACACUGAUGAUUGGGAGUUCCCUGGCCACUCUGGUCUAGAAGAUAUGGGAACAAGAAGUGUUCCCUGGACAGACUUGGAGACCCUCACCCUAAUCAACAUAUGGGGAGAUGACAAAAUGCAGAGGGAAUUGAGGGGUAUGCAUAGAAAUGGGCACCUUUUUGCUGUGAUAUCCCAAAAGAUGUCUGCCCAGGGCUUUAUCCGGACUGCAGAGCAAUGCCAGACAAGGGUUAAAAGACUGAAACGGAGUUUCCGACAGUGCUACGAGAACAACAUGAAAGGCAGAGAACAAGUAGAAUGCAAAUUCUAUGACCUACUGGAGAGAAUACUGGGGAAUGAGCUUCCCUCAUACGUGGAGGUGUCAGAAAACUGUCUUGACAUGGAGUCUAGAGAAGCAUGGUCAGCAGACAACGAGUGCUCUGUUAACUCUUCCCAGGAGAGGGAGGCUGUGGUGGGUGUGCCAGAGGACAGGAAGAAGAUCCCCUGGGUGGACGGCGAGACGGUGAUCCUUCUGGAGCUCUGGGGAGACGACACUGUGCAGCAGAACCUGAAGCGCUCCCCGCACAACGGUCACAUAUACUCAGAGAUUUCGGAAAAGCUCAACAUCCGUGGUUAUCACAGAACUGCAGAGCAGUGCCACACCAGGAUAAAGCGUUUGAAAGCCAGCUAUCGGCAGUGCCAGGAAACCAUCAGUUCAUCUGGAUCUGAGCAGGUUGAUUUUAAGUUCUACAAUAUUUUAGAUCAAAUACUUGAGAGGCAGCCUCCCUCUACCAGCACAGUGGUGACAGACUUGACCAAUGACAUAUCAGAGGAAUCAAACAGUGACUCACUUCAAGAGUGUACAGAAGUGGACAACUACACCACUUCUGAGAGGAUCACACCAGGCUCAUGGUUGGAUCCUGAGACCCUGGCCCUCAUUGACAUCUGGGGGGAGGACGAGGUCCAGAGGGUGCUGAGAGACUUUGUCUAUAACGGCCCUGUCUACAUGGACAUAUCAGAAAAGAUGCAUGACCAAGGGUACUCCAAGACCCCAGAGCAGUGUCGUUGGAAAGUCAAGUCCAUGAGGAACAACUUCCGUCAGUGCUACGACAGAAAAAAAUGUGGAAGAAAGGGAGUGGAAUACAAGUUCUACAAUCAGUUGGAGCGAAUACUUGGGCAUGAAGCGGCGUCCAUUGAUGAGUAUGAUGAAAGAGACGAUCCAACAGUAGACCAGGACACAGGUGCUGAUGGGAUGAGAUGCAUCCCGUGGUCAGAGCCAGAGACGCUGGCCCUAAUUGAGCUGUGGGGGAACGAGGAUGUCCAGGCGAGUCUACGAGGUUGCGUCCGCAACGGGCACAUUUUCGCCGACAUAGCGGAGAAGCUGGCCACCAUUGGGCACUUCAAAACAGCUGAGCAGUGCCACUCGAGGGUUAAGCGGCUGAGGAAAACCUACCGACGGUGUCUCCACAGCAGGGUAAACGGAGGGGAGCCCUUACUCUUCAGAUACUACAGGUUCCUGGAGCCGGUGCUAGGCAACGACACGCUCUCCCUCGAUGCAGAGAUUGUUGAUUUGUGUGAUGACUUCAAUCCAGAUCCCACUGAGGAACCAGAUCAGGAAACGGGCCAGGGCUCAGUCAGUUACGCUGUGGCGGAGUCCAGCAGAAAGAUGCCCUGGUCCGAUCGGGAGACCCAGGCUCUGCUGGAGGUCUGGGGUGAGGACCAUGUGCAGCUCUCCCUCCGCGGCUGCUUGAAGAACAGACAUGUGUUUGAAUACAUCUCACGGAGGAUGACGGCCCAGGGGUUCAUCAGGACAGCUGAGCAGUGCCACACCCGCAUCAAACGACUCAAGGCCAGCUUCCACCAUGACAAAAUGGAAUGCAAGUUCUACGACCAGAUGGAGGAGAUUUUCUCGAGGGAGCUCAAUGUUGACAGUUUGGCCGAAGAUUCGUUAGACAAUGAGGAAGCUGCUGUCUGGGAGCCUACACUUGAAGUUGACCAAAGGAAAGCUAGCCGUCCUUUAACUGAUGGCUCCAAGUUCUCCUGGAGCGACAGUGAGACCCAGGUCCUCCUCAGUAUCUGGGGGAGUGACGAGGUCCAGGAGGAUCUGAAGGGCUGCACCAAAAACAGACACAUUUUCACUGAGAUCUCUCAGGCCAUGGCCAACGAGGGCUACCUGAGGACAGCCGAACAGUGCCAGUCUAGAGUGAAGCGGCUAAAGGCCAACUUCCGCCAGUUCUGCGAGAGCAAACAGAUUGGAGGGGAAAAAGUUGAGUGCAAAUUCUACGAUCAGUUUGUGCAAAUAUUCGGGAACAAGUAUCUACCCUGUGACUCUCUGGCUGAGGAAUCGAAUGGCGCCACAGACAUGGGAGAGGUCCCAGGUGGCCACGUCCAAGGAACUGUCUCUCCAGAAUCAGGCAGCUGUCCAUCACCGUGGGAACUAGAUCUCCCCUGGAGCAUUGAGGAGACUGAAGCCCUCCUUGACAUAUGGGGCAGUGUCAGAAUCCAAGAGGACCUGAGGGGAAACACUGAAAUGGAACACAUUUAUACAGAGAUCUCUCAAAUGAUGGCUGACCAGGGCUUCAUGAAAACAGCAGAGCAGUGCCAGACAAGGGCAACGCAACUGAACCUGAGUAUUAUUCCAAUCUGACGACGAGGAAACAUUAGUGAACAUCUGAAGACAGUUUUGUAGCGUCCCAGGAAAGAUGCAAUGACUCAACAAUGACUUCUGGAAAAGAGGUGUAUAAACAAUUACAAUGACCUGCGUCUCCUGUCUCCUGCGUUGUUUUCAGAGAUGUACUGUAUUCUAUAAAAGAUGCAGUGUUGCUAUGUUGAAUAUUGCUGAAGAGACUCAAUAUCCAUCCCACUUUUCUUUUUUGGAAAACAGACACGUAUUUAACCUUUGUAUCGGUGCUUAAAUCUAAGUGUAAAGGACUAUCGAUGUUUAUUGUCAUGUAUUUCACUGUAGGUGCACAUGUGUUGUGACAUAAGGACCUGAACUUAACGAAGCAACAUAUUUUAAAGGGAUUGGAUUGAGGGAAUCCUGUAACGACAAUUGGUCAAUACCACAUGACAUUCUGAACUUCUAGAUUUUUUGUUGUUGUUAUUAUUUGCCAAACAAAAGGCUAUAUAUUUAUAUAUUUUAUGUAAAUUUGUGUUUUUAGCAAACUCUUUAAAAAAAGGCUUUUUUUCAAGUGAACCAAUUUAGAUUAAAUUCCUUUGAGUGGA